CCAGCGCCCAGCGGCGGCUUCCUCCUUUUCUCUCCCGGCCGGGCCUCGGUUCUCUUUCCUUGACCAACCCCCUUUGUUUGUUGUUCUCCCUCUCCGAUCGAUCCCUGUCGUGUGUGUCGUCUCUCUCUCUCUCCCCCCCACCCCCCAAACACGGCAACACCCCUGCUCUCUCUAGACCCCAGCCUAUGCUUAGCCCCGCCUCGUCGUCUUCUUUUAACACCCUGCAUUAUAUCCCUCUCCGCCAGCCGAUCGAGCCGGUUUUAACCUUCAUUUGCCGGCCGCCUGUCAUGGGUGUUUUAUAGAGGAGCACGCGCGCGGCGCACCCUUUGUCGUCGUCGUCCCUACACGUUCGUCUCCCGAGGAGAGAGAGCGCGCGCGGCGAGCUUAGGAUGACGUGGUGCAAUGGCUUCAACGACGUGCGCGCCGCCGUGGAGAUCAGCCUGUCCCCAACCGCCGCCGCCGCGGGCAAGAAGGCCGCCGCGUCGCUCGCCGUCCUCGUCAAGAUGUGCCCGUCGUGCGGCCACCGCGCGCACUACGAACAGGAGACAACAUCGAUCCAGGACUUGCCGGGCCUGCCGGCCGGCGUCAAGUUCGACCCGACGGACCAGGAGCUUCUGGAGCACUUGGAGGGCAAGGCGAGGCCGGACUCCCGGAAGCUCCACCCCCUCGUCGACGAGUUUAUCCCCACCAUCGAGGGCGAGAACGGCAUCUGCUACACGCACCCCGAGAGGCUCCCCGGUACGAAACGCGAACGCACGUUUUGUGCAUCACGCGUGAGCAAGGACGGGCUCGUCCGGCACUUCUUCCACCGGCCGUCCAAGGCGUACACGACGGGGACGAGGAAGCGCCGGAAGGUGCACAGCGGCGACGGGGACGACGGCGGAGGCGGCGAGACGCGGUGGCACAAGACGGGCAAGACGCGGCCGGUGCUGUCCCACGGCAGGCCCCGCGGGUACAAGAAGAUCCUGGUGCUCUACACCAACUACGGCAAGCAGCGCAAGCCCGAGAAGACCAACUGGGUGAUGCACCAGUACCACCUCGGCUCCGACGAGGAGGAGCGCGACGGCGAGCUCGUCGUCUCCAAGGUCUUCUUCCAGACGCAGCCCAGGCAGUGCGGCUCCACGGCGGCGGCCAAGGGGGCCGUCGCCGCCGCCAACGUCGUCACGAGCAGCAACGCGCUUGCCGGCCAUCACCAGGGUGGUAGCGUUCUCAGGGAGGCAAACGGUGUCGAUCAGUUCUACAAUCCAGGAACAAUGAUGGGGUACCAGGGGGUCCCAAACAACAGGGCACCUCCUGUCCCUGGUGCUUCUCACUUCAUGCCUAGCUUCGCAGUGCAUGCAGGGAGGGCUACCUUUGGCCCUUGAAUCAAGAAUUCAGGACAAAGGUUUAUACAAGACCUAUUCAAUUCAAUUCACAGGUUAAUUAAAUAGGGAUUUAGGAGCAGGUCAUGCCGUCAGGGCAUUUGUCCCUGGCCUGGAAAACUACCUACCUCACACGCGAAGAAACAUAUCGUGUCCUUUGCACUCUAACUUGACGUUCAUUUACGAACUACAAAAAUUGUUUUCUUUUAAGAUUCCUUUCUAUUAGAUAGGUCAUAUGUUCAACAUCAUAUGCUGUUGUUCCAUCGUAGUACUUGAAUACUCGAAUCAUAAACAUGUAAGGGGAAAAAAAGCCAUGCUGCUCCAA